UUACCCGCUGCUGAAGCUGCCGCUGCCUGGAACAGGACCUGUGGAGUACAGCACCCCGGUGAAGGAUUACUCUCCACCCGCUCCAGACGCGGGUCUGCAGCAAGGGGAUCUCAGCGAGCAUCCCGACUGGUAUGUUGGUGCUCCUGUGGCCUACAUUCAGCAGAUCUUUGUGAAAGCGACCGUCUCCCCAUGGCAGAAGAACUUCCUUGCUGUUGAUGUAUUCCGUUCACCGCUGUCCCGCGUCUUCCAGCUAGUGGAGGAGAUUAGAAACCAUGCCCUGAGAGACAGUUCUGGUGUCAAAAGCUUGGAGGAAGUUUGCCUUCAGGUAACAGAUCUUCUGCCUGGCCUCAAGAAGCUGCGGAAUCUGCUCCCCGAACACGGCUGUCUGUUGCUGUCUCCAGGGAAUUUCUGGCAGAAUGACCGAGAGCGAUUCAAUGCUGACCCAGAUAUCAUCAAAACCAUCUACCAGCAUGAACCAAAGACAUUGCAAACAUCAGCUACUCUCAAAGAUCUGUUGUUUGGGCUCCCUGGGAAGUACAGUGGGGUGAACCUCUAUAAUAGGAAGCGGGUGGUAUCGUACACUGUCACACUGGGUCUCCGGCGAUAUGAUUCCAGGUUCCUCAGCAGCCUCCGCUCUCGCCUCAAGCUGCUGCAUCCCAGCCCUAACUGCACACUGCGAGAGGAGAACAUCGUUCACGUCCACUUCAAGGAAGAGAUUGGCAUUGCUGAGCUGAUACCCCUCGUCACCACCUACAUUAUACUCUUCGCUUACAUCUACUUCUCCACACGGAAGAUUGACAUGGUGAAAUCGAAGUGGGGUCUGGCACUGGCAGCGGUCGUGACGGUGCUCAGCUCUCUGCUCAUGUCUGUUGGGCUGUGCACGCUAUUUGGUUUGACACCUACUCUUAAUGGAGGCGAAAUAUUUCCAUACUUGGUUGUAGUGAUUGGCCUAGAGAACGUGCUCGUUCUCACCAAGUCAGUUGUCUCUACGCCCGUUGACCUGGAAGUGAAGCUACGCAUCGCCCAAGGCUUGAGCAAUGAGAGCUGGUCGAUUAUGAAGAAUAUGGCGACCGAGCUUGGGAUCAUCUUGAUCGGGUAUUUCACCCUCGUCCCAGCCAUCCAGGAGUUCUGCCUCUUCGCUGUGGUCGGCCUGGUGUCUGACUUCUUUCUGCAGAUGUUUUUCUUCACUACCGUGCUGUCCAUUGACAUUCGCCGUAUGGAGCUCGCUGAUCUGAACAAACGGUUGCCAGCAGAAGCCUGCAUGCCCCCAGCGAAGCCUGUCAGCCGCUCUCAGCGCUACGAACGCCAGCCAGCUAUGCGACCCGCCACCCCCCACACCAUCACCCUGCAGCCAUCGUCUUUCAGGAAUCUGCGCCUGCCAAAGAGGCUGCGGGUGAUCUACUUCUUCGCCAGGACACGGCUGGCCCAGAGACUCAUCAUGGCUGGGACGGUGAUCUGGAUUGGAAUCCUGGUUUACACGGAUCCUGCUGGUCUCCGCACCUACCUCACAUCCCAGGUCACCGAACAGAGUCCUUUGGGUGAAGCAGGUCUGCCUCCUAUGCCUGUUCCUGGAGGGGUCCUUCCUGCUGGGGACCCCAAGAUUGAUCUCUCAGUCUUCCCGUCGGACCCUAUACAGCUGUCAGAAAACCAGACGCAGCAGCGGGAGCAGAAGUCAGGGCUGGAGUCCCUGAGCGGGCUGGAGACAAACCAGCACACUUGGGCCCACGGACCAGAGGGCAAAGGGAAUGGACAGACGGAGCUUGGAGCUGAAGCAGAGGUUACCUGGGGAGCAGAGGAUGAGGAGAUUUGGAGGAAGCUUUCCUUCAGACACUGGCCAUCCCUCUUCAGCUACUACAAUAUCACUCUGGCCAAAAGGUACAUCAGCAUCCUUCCAGCAAUCCCUGUCACGCUGUACCUGAACCCACAAGAGGCCUUAGAAGUGCGGCAUCCCCAGGAGGCUAACCGCUACCACCCCUUCCUAUCUUCAAGCGGUGGGAAGCAGGAUGCUGAAGCUCAGCCUGACCAAGCCUCAUCCAAGCUGCAAGGGCACCAGGAUGUCACCCUUUACAAGUAAAAGAGUCCUUGAUACAGCCUUCUGACUAUGCCUUAACUCCCUUGGAGACAUGGGCUGCUCUUUGGCUCUUCUCCUGG